UCAGAACAUUGGAAUACAUAAAUCAUUUUUAUUUCUAUCAUACUCUAACAUCAUAAAUCUCUUCCCUUCCCUCCCUUAGGAAGAGAGAGUGAAGAGAAUUUAUCAAAAAAAAAACCCAAAAAAAUUAAUCACCCAUUUCACCAAAUUCCCCAAAAAAAUCAUAAUUUAUCCACCCAAAUCAGAAGAACUGGAGUCGUCGGGUGGUGUAAACGGGCAGAUCAGAUUCAGAUCGCCGUCAUCGGCGGAGCUUUUCACGGAGGGUCAGGCACCGCCAUUGUCGUCGUCAAACCCAGUUGGGGUUUCAUCAUCAACUUCCCCAGCAUCAUCUGAUCAACCCCAUCUACAAGACGCACACCACUCGUUCGACAAAAUGCUUAAGAAAAACAAGUAUCAACAAGAGUCGUUUUCUGACAAGAUUUACCGUUAUAAGGGUAUAAUUCUUGUGAUUACAUUGCCCCUUUUGCUGAUCUCGUUUGUUCUGUAUAUGAUGCCGGGUCCCACUGAUGAAGGGUUCUCUCCUAGGAAGAUGAAGACUGGUAGUUCUGUUGCGGUUGGUGGUAGUAGAUAUGCUGUGAUCUUUGAUGCUGGGAGUUCUGGGAGUAGGGUUCAUGUUUUUCGUUUUGAUAAGAAUUUGGAUCUUGUUCCCAUUGGUAAUGAUCUCGAACUCUUUGUUCAGAAAAAACCAGGUCUAAGUUCAUUUGCAAGCAACCCUCAGGAUGCUGCUAAUUCACUAGUUUCUCUCCUAGAGCAAGCAGAAGCUGUUAUUCCCAAGAACUUGCUUGGGAAGACUCCCGUCAAAGUUGGGGCAACUGCAGGUUUGAGGCAAUUGGAUGGUGAUGCGCCUGAAAGAAUAUUGCAAGCAGUCAGGGACCUGCUCAAGGAUAAAAGUGAUCUGAAAUCAGAACCAGACUGGGUCACUGUCUUGGAUGGAAACCAGGAAGGUGCAUUUCAGUGGGUAACCAUAAACUAUCUUCUAGGAAAAUUGGGAAAGAAAUACUCAGAUACAGUGGGAGUAGUUGAUCUUGGAGGUGGGUCUGUUCAGAUGGCAUAUGCUGUUUCUGAGAGUGAUGCUGCUAAUGCUCCAAAGGUGUCUGAUGGUGAGGAGGCAUAUGUGAGGGAAAUGUAUCUAAAGGGUAAAAAGUACUACCUAUAUGUGCACAGUUACUUGCACUAUGGUUUACUGGCUGCUCGUGCUGAGAUUUUGAAGGAAGUUGGGGAUUCAGAAAAUCCGUGCAUAUUGCCAGGCUAUCAAGGUUCAUACAAGUACGGAGGAGUUCAGUAUGAAGUGUCAGCUUCUCCAUCUGGCGCAGAUGUGGAUUCUUGCAAAUCAUUUACAGCGAAAGCUUUGAAAGUCAAUGAAACAUGUACCCACAUGAAGUGCUCUUUUGGCGGUGUAUGGAAUGGUGGUGGGGGUGAUGGACAGAAGAAUCUGUUUGUUGCUUCAUUUUUCUUUGAUAGAGCAGCCGAGGCUCGUUUUAUUAACUCAAAGGAACCAGUUGUCACUGUACGCCCUUCAGAUUUCAAGGAAGCUGCUGAGCGCGCUUGUGGCACCAAGAUUGAAGAUGGGAAAUCUAAAUUCCCAGAUGUAGAAGAAGGAAAUCUGCCUUACCUAUGCAUGGAUCUUGUUUACCAAUACACACUACUUGUGGAUGGUUUUGGCCUAAAGCCUUCACAACAGAUGACAUUGGUGAAGAAAGUGCCAUACGGAAAUUCUCUGGUGGAAGCAGCAUGGCCACUAGGAAGUGCCAUCGAUGUCAUGUCAUCCUUGGCAUAAUUGAGAAAUAUGUCAUCGUUGAAGCUUUUCCCUGCCUUUCAGGCUAGUCUUUUUGUUGGAAUUGAGUCUUGACUACUGCUAUGAUUGGGUGGACAGUGACUCCAGAAGUUUUGACACGCCUUCUUGCUUUCCAGAUCUGUACCAAAUUGAUUCAAAGAACUGCUGUUGGAUGACAUUAAAAAUGACUUUGAUACCAGUGACUUAUGUCAUUAUUCUUUGUAAUUAUUUUAUACAAUGCCAAGUAGCUGAUUGUUUUAUUGAUCAAUUGAAAGUAAUACUCCAUAGAUGAUUUCAAAUAGAAGUAUAGCAGUAGUUGAAACUCCUGUGCUCGGUAAAGAGGUUAAGCUUUAUUAUUAUAAAACAACCAAAAAUUAAUAAAUUGACUUAGGCUUUGGUUUUUCU